GAAACUCUUCUGCUCUUCGUUCUACAUUGCUUACCGUCGUCGGAUACCUUCAAGGACUACCACGCAUCUCUUUGCCAUGGAGAACACCGGAGCAAGUAGCGGGUUCCAGUACAAGAGAAGAAGAAUUCUAACCCAAACACAAAGGGAGGAGAUGGAGAAUGAAAACCAGAUUUCUGCUGAGGUAACUCCAUCUGUGGAUGGUCAAUCGUUCCUGGAUGCUGCGGAAAUUGAGGUUCCAGCGUUGGCUUGCACCAUUGAUAUUGAUAAAAUACCUGGAAUGAAGUUAACCCUGAAAUCUUCUUUGGGGGAGUUCCAGAAUCUGAUGGAAGAAGGACUUGGAGAUCAUCCAGAAGUUCUUGAUUUGUUUAGGACUUCCACCCCUUUUUCUAAUUUUUUGGAUGUUGAGUGUAUUCCUCCUCCUCUGUUCCUAUGGCAACUCAUUGCGAGGGAAGCCAAAAUAAAGAGGAAAGGAGAGAUGUGGUUCGUUUUCAAAGGAGUUCCUGUCAAGUACUCCUUGAGGGAGUUUUCACUCAUUAGCGGCCUCAACUGCUCUCACCUUAACGCCGGCAUUGAAAAUUCUAAGGAAUUAACCUCUGCAAAGAAUGAUUUCAUUCGUGCUCACUUUCCUUCAGCAAAGAAGGGAAAGAAAUCUGCUGCAGUCACAUACAAGAUGGUUGUGCAGCGUUUCUUGGAAAUUUGUAAAGGACUGGACAUGGAAAAGAAGAAAGAAGGCCAGGAGAUGGUUGCUAUGAAAAUGGCAGCACUUUUGUUUGUUGUUGUUGUUCUCUUGGGUCUUGCUGAUCGAGACAAGUCUGCAAUUCCAGAUUGGAUUCUGGGCAUGAUUGCACAGUGGACAGCAGUUCUUGGUUUCCCAUGGGGAACCUGGGCAUUUAUGGAGUCCUUGGGGUCACUGAGGAAAGACCUAGCUGCUAAGGCCAAAUCAAUUGGAAGAGGGGCCUCAUCAACCAUGUACUAUACUAGUUUCUUGCUUCCCAUUGGGAUCCUUUUUCUGGAGAGUUGCUUGGGGACUGGAGCAAAUAUUACAACAAGAAGCCCACAGACAUCCCCAGCUAGGCCAAGAAUCUGCCUUUGGGGUGAGAUUCCAAUAAAGAAGAAAAUCACCCACACAGAAAUGGAUGCUUACGUUGGGGACGUGCAGUCUCUAAAGAGCAUUCUUGUUCCCGACAAGUUUGAGGCAACUGCAGAGUGGUAUUUGAACUUCCAGCCUCUAGAGACCACAAAACACCCCGAGUUGGAUGCAUUUGUGGACAAAUUAGAGUGUAGAGGGGAAGUCCACAUUCCGGUGGAGAGGAAGAGAAAAGCUCGGAAUGUCCCUUCACCAACAAGAGAUAAUUCUGAAGAGCGUAAUGAGCACAUCUCCUCUCCCCAAGAAUCUCAGAGGAGUCAGAGCCUUAGGGAAUCUCCUUCUAGAGUCUCCCAUUCCAACAUCCCAAAUCCAUCGUCUCCUAACCCUCACCAGGCCAAGCCUUCAUCCAAUACCUUUCAAGAACUCUUUGAUCGAAUGUCAAAGAAAAUUGAUAACAUUGCAGAAGAACAAAGAAAGAGGUUUGAAGUGCUUGAAAAAAAAGUUGAUGCUUUGUCAACUUUAAUAAAUCAAAAGAUUGUGAAUAAG